CAGUGCAGUGGAAACAGGUUAAAACACUCGUGGAAACGAAAACAAACCAUUUUGGGGACACAAAAUGGAUGCGGAAGCUGCGGAAUCAGCUUAUCUCUCCAGAGAACAAAUCGUAAGGAUAUUGAGCGAAGUGCCAGCGGGAUUCAUAAAGCCCACGGAUCCGCCCGCUCCAAGUCUGCAUCCCUUCAAGAAGCUCGGAGUUCUCGUGGAUAUCGACGACGUCGUGGGUGACCAGGACGAGGCAGUUAGGAUCAGGGACAACAGGGAUAAGGAGCAGUCCUACAGCUGCGCAGAAUGCCGAAAGAUGCUGCCCACUGCCCAUUUACUGGACCUGCACAUCACCGAACAGCACGAUUGUUAUUUUGCCGCCAGCGUGGAACGAGGUGACAAGCCAAUGUUCUCCUGCUUCCUGGAGGAGUGCACCAUCAAGUUCCAUACUCCACGGCAGCGCAAAGACCACUGCAUCAUAACGCACAAGCUUCCGGCCAACUAUCGCUUUGAUCAGGGCAAGAAUAGAGGCAAACAGAAGCAUCAACCCAAAAGCAAACACAACUCUAUGGAGGUGGACGAGGUGCCCGUCGAAUCUAGAAAUUUGCCCUACGUUAAGGCUUUUAGCUUUGGACAUCAAACGCACAGGACUUUCUACAGUCGCAAGGAUCAGAGAUCUGGCGAAACCCUGGACGAUGUCGAGGCCAUGAAGGAGGCCAUUAACGAUAUCCUGGAUUAGAUUUGUACAACUAUUUAUUUUGCGAAUGAAGCAGCAUUAUCAUUAUCCUGGUACAACUACAUUAGUCUGUUAGCGGGAACAUCCUAGAUCAUUUUGCCUUGGCGCUGGGCCUGUAAAUAAACAAGAAUCGGUUUUAUUGUUGACUCUGGGA